GAAGAAGAUAAAGAAGUAGAAGAAGAAGAAGAGCCCCGGGAUUGGUCUUUGGCCCUCGCGUGCGGAUGCACUGCUUAGUUAGUGGCGCGCAUCGUGAAUAAAGUAGUUCCCAAGAUACCGCCUGGUCUGAAUACACCAGUAAACUCCCCUCCUCAGAUGAUCUAAACUGAAGCAUGAUGAGGCACACACACAGUUGGUGUGAGGCUACUCCCUCAACAACUGUUGGAGUGAAACCCAGUAAUUCACACUCCCUCCAAAUCAGAAGAGGUCUCCGGCUCAAGAGAGCCAACGGCAGAGACGCCCAGGGCCCACCAGGGAAGAGCCAGCCGAGCCAGUGUCGGGAUGAACUCUAUUAUAACAAAAUGACCACAUCCUCAGCUAUUGUCAUCCAGCGGAAGGAAAUGGCAUCAUUCUUUAGGCUUUUGGAUGAUGAUGUGAUCCAUGACUUUCUGUGGAUGGACUGUUGCUGUAAACUGACUGACAAGUACCUUCUAGCCAUGACCUUUGUGUACUUCAAAAGGGCCCACUUCACUAUCGCUGAAUACACCAGGAAGAAUUUUUUCAUUGCACUGUAUCUUGCAAACACCAUGGAGGAGGAUGAGGAGGAGAGUAAGUAUGAGAUUUUUCCAUGGGCGCUGGGCAAGAACUGGAGGAAGCAGUUUCCCCGCUUCCUCAAGCAGCGAGACAAGCUGUGGGCUCGCGUUGAGUACAGAGCUGCCGUCAGCAGGUGCUGCUGUGAAGAGGUGAUGGCCAUCGUGUCCUCUCACUACGUGUGGCAGAGAGAGCGCUCAGUGCACCACAGCGGCGCCCAGCGGCAGUACGGAGACAAAGACCAAACUCGUGUACCCCGCGGGCCCUCUGCCUCCCCGCUCUCCUGUGCCCUCUGUAACCCCGGCAAAAUGUUGGCUCAAGACCGGGGCACCUCUUCUCCCUCCAGAGGCUCUUCUGCGCUGACCCAUGACCCCGCCUUUUCACACCCCUUCACCUCCGCACUGAGGUUGGAGGUCACCCCACCCAGGGCUGCAGCCUCUCACAAGAAGGCAGCGGAGACUCAAAACCAGGCCAAACGUUCUUUCUGCUGCUGUGCUGAGGGUGUUCCCAAAGAUAAGUCUUCGUGCCAUUCCACAUACGACGCCUCCAUGGACUGGAUCGGUGAGGAGUAGACUGUCACAUCAUGUCAGCAGUACAGAACAAGCUGUUCUGUCUCUCCUCUUUAAUAUAACUCUGAAGUAAAGGUCUGAAUCACAAGUGCAACCCAUUAGUUUAAUGUUGAAUCAGUUCAUAUUAAAAGAGGUAAAAACAAAACUGGUCAGAACAAAAUUAACUGUUUAAAUGUAUGUAAAGAUGUUUAACCUGCACUGAGUUUUUGUAUUUAUUUAUUUAUAAAUUUAUUUAUGUACUGAAGCACUUCUGGGUUAUUUAUUUACUUGUUUAUUCACAGAUGUUAAAUGAAAUGGUCAUGUCACAUAGUUGGUUUCUACUGGGUGUUUUUGAUAUUGUUGCCACUGCUCCUGUUAAUGAGCCAACACUGCCUUCUGGGUUUUGAAUAAAGACUUGAAAUGAAA